AUGACUCCACUUGUUUCUUCUAGGUUCUUUGUUCUCGCUACCGGCUUAUGUGUUUACCGUUUGACCGUAUACAUCCUGAAGGGAAAUUGUGUUAUGUCACCAUCUAUGCCAUUUUUGUUCGCUUGUCUUAAACUGUUGGGACGAAAAGUAACCAACGCUCCUCCGCUGGCUGGUUCAUAUCUGUCUCUAUUCUCUUCUUAUCGCCGUCCGUCAAAUUUUCAGAGAGCUGGAGACUCUUCGAGUGAUUCCGAUUCUGAUGAUUCUGAUGCAGAGGAUCACUCUUUUGCCAACGACUCUGAUGAUCCAUAUCAUUCUGAAGAUGUUGCUUUCAAUCCAAACUUCCGCCAACUCUCAUGUACCGUUCGGUCCCUGCGUUACGAUAAAAUUCUCCGAAUCGGUCUUAAUUUGACUCGCUCGGCUGCAGAAUCAGCUUUUCUUUCUAGUCGCUUGCGUCUUAACGGAGUAAAGCUACUGAAGAAAGGUGUCAGGGUCGACGAGGGGGACAAUUUAGAUUUCGUUGUGGAUUUCGAGGAUCAGCACAGUUAUGGCAAGCGCGUCCGUAUUUGCUUCCAAAAGUUGAACAAUACAUUUUUUGGACCUAGCCGAUUGAGGGUAUUUCUUACACGGCGGCCCCCACUGGCUUUGUGUGCGCUCGUUUUAACCCUAUCUUUCCUCAGCCUCAUUGGUUUAGACGCGGCGGUCCACCUUUUAGAACUAAGAGACCCGGAUGUGGAAACACAUUGGAAUCGUCUACUUCUUGAGCUUUCCAAUUUAGAGUUUUGCUUCAGUAAUUCCACUAACGCGAAGACUUUGGCGGAUUCAUUUUCUGCUGCAGAGAUGCUACCAAAACAAUUGACGUCCAAUGUUGACCACAUCGUACAUUACGUGCACCUACAUGUUCUCCUUUAUCCGACAAUGGUCUACGAUCCGGGAGAAACGUAUGUGGCAACAGCCUCUAUGCGGGGGCGCCACAUCGCUAUCAAAGGUGCCCCUGCCUUGCAUCCCCUUAACGUCACUUUUGAAAUUCGACCUGGCCGCCCUCUACUCGAUGGACAACUUCGUGAUCCUAAUCCCAUUCGUUUGAGUUCCUGUGUGAAACUUUCCUCUUCGCAACAAAUUCUCCCUCGAAGGACACUGCGCCGCAGCUGUCAUCCUUUUGUCAAAUCAGAUUCAUCAAAAUAUCGCACCAAGUAUAGUCGAUUGGAGUGGACAACACGUUCGGAUUUGUUUGCUUCCAAUCGAUGUAAUGGACGCAUACGUAUACGCACAGACUUUCAACUUCCUCCGGAAUUACUUCCUGUCUUGAAAAAGGGCGAUAUUGAUGUGAUAUCAUUCCGUCUUCGAGUUUUGGAAGGUGCCGUCUUUAUUCUCCUUACAUGCCUCUUAUGUGGCGGCGCUUACGUCAUCGGACCAGCUACUAAGUACAGGCGAAUUUGUGACUUAUAGCCACUUACCUUAGUGAUACCACACCGGAUGUGCGACAAACUUAGCUACAACAGCAACCUGCAUGUCCCCCUGUGCUGUGACCUCCGCUUGUCUGUUCUCCUCAUUCCACCAACCACGUGCCAUCUGACCUAAACUACGCACUAUUGUAUCUUUUCGUUUGGCUGUUUUCACAAUUUUUAUCCUUGAACACCCGUGAAAUACACCAUUUCCAUUUUUGGUCCUUGCUCUCUAGCAUAAAUCAUUCAUUACAUUUAUUGAUGUGCUUGCUCCUCCC